UCGGACGGGGUUAUAUCCGAGCGCAAUAUUAGUUACUUCUUAACCAGGCGUUGUAAAUUCAGUGCAGGGUGCGCUUAUUAAAGCGCGAGAGCGUUAUGUUUUUACUACGUCGCGGAAGGAUCUAAUUUUCUCAUGCGAGGGUCGACACAUCCGCCCAGUUUUCCGACGUUUCAUUCCCCCCGAGUUGAAAAUGGAGUUCGAUUAAAGCAGAUGUCCACCAACUUCUCAAGGAAAUCUCAAGCCUGCUUGUCGUUUUUAAAAGACACCUGCGUGUACCAGCGUUCAUACCGCAAACAGCCGAGCCCCUCUUUUUUGGCUUUGGAUGCCUUUACUGCAAAUUACUCGGACACGUUGACGGAGCAACGCUGCACGGCGCUUUUUCAAGUGUUGUCCUGGACCUGAAGUUGGCGAAUGGAUGCUCGACAGCCAGCCAUAAAUAACCUGCCAAGCGUUACAGUCUGCAGCGCUUUCUUCAUUUUUUAAAAGGAUCUACACACGUUCUCCGCGAGCCAUUGGGGGGAUUUGUCGUUUUUCUUUUUUUCUUUUUCUUUUUUUUUGUCGAAGAGGAUGAUGCCGAUGAUGGCUCAUUUGUUGUGGUCGGAUUUUACUUCCAGGGAGGAUAAAAUGAAUCAACGGUUGUCAUUCCUCCUCGCGAUUUAAUGUUAGUCCCCGGCCAGCAGAGCUAACGCCGAGCUAGCUUCACUUGGUUCCCACAGGGACGCUUUGGUCAGGCAUGCCCGUGUCCACAACGUUCACCUACAAUCCGAAAUAAGGGGGUAUUUUCUGUAUGCGAGGGGAGGAAAAAUGGUGAUAUAUGUGGUAUUUUGUCCCGCCGUCACUGCGUCGUCGAUGCUAUUGCUAGGAUUUGGAUCCCCGUGAGGAAAAAAAUGAGUGAAGAUUCAACAAAUCCAAACAACGAUGACAGUUAUGCGCGUGUGAGAGCAGUGGUCAUGACUCGGGAUGACUCCAGUGGUGGGUGGCUUCCUCUGGGGGGCGGAGGCCUCAGCUGUGUCACCGUCUAUAAGGUCAGCCGGGCGGAGGACAGCGGCAGUACCCACAGUGGAGGCAGCGCUGGGAGCAGCAGCAACCUCAGUCCCUGUAGUCCCAGUCCUAGUCCCACUCCCAGUCCUAGUCCCAGUCCCACCGCGGUGGAGUUCCACAUCAAGGGCGAGAGACUCAAAGACAAAUUGGUGGUCCUGGAAUGCGUUCUUCAGAAAGACCUCGUCUACAACAAGGUCAACCCCAUCUUCCACCACUGGAGGAUCAAUGACAAGAAGUUUGGCCUGACCUUCCAGAGUCCUGCUGACGCCCGAGCCUUCGACCGGGGCAUCCGCCGGGCCAUUGAGGACAUCAACCAAGGUUGUCGGCCGUUUGGGGAGGCGGAUACUCCAGAGGACGGGCUACCGGUGUGUGACGAGCCUCCCUCCAUCUGCACUCCAAUGAAAGAGCCCUUCUCUCCUCUCAACAAUGUUGUGUCCACCGAGCCGUUCAGGGGCUGCUACGUGCGCGCCCAGCCCUUCGACGAGUUCCCUUCGAGUAACCGCCGCUACCUGCCUCCACAGUCGACUCGCCGCGUCAGUUUUCGCAUGGACGAGGAGGAGAUCGUCCGCAUCAACCCGCGCAAGGACGUGCUGAUCCGCGGCUACGAGGACUACCGCCACCCCGUCAUGUGGAAGCAGGAGGCCGACCGCGAGGACCUGGACUUCCCCGCCGCCUUUCACAAACUGGACAGCAAGAAGUGCGAGUACCUGUUCCCCGACGGCCCCGGCGGCGACCCCCACUCCGGCCCCGGCAUGGGCCUGGGCACGGGCAUGGGGCUGGGCCUGGGGAAGGACACGGCCAUCAAGACCCAGCCCUCGCCGCUGCUCAAGUCCCAGAAGGGGCGGCGGCGGCGGGAGGACGGCGAGCGCUCGCGCUGCAUCUACUGCCGGGAGAUGUUCAACCACGAGGACAACUGGCGGGGGCAGUGCCAGGACGCCCCCGACCCCAUCAAGCAGUGCAUCUACAAAGUCAGCUGCAUGCUGUGCGCCGAGAGCAUGCUGUACCACUGCAUGUCCGACUCGGAGGGCGACUUCUCGGACCCCUGCUCGUGCGACACGUCCGACGAGCAGUUCUGCCUGCGCUGGCUGGCCCUGGUGGCGCUCUCCUUCAUCGCGCCGUGCAUGUGCUGCUACCUGCCGCUGCGCGCCUGCCAGCACUGCGGCGAGGCCUGCCGCUGCUGCGGCGGCAAGCACAAGGCCGCGGGGUGACCCCGCGCCCGAGACCCCUGGGACAACCCUCCAAGCUAGCUAACAAAGGAAGUGGAUAAAAGCGGAAAAUUCAAAAAGCCGGCAUCCUUUUUUCAUUCCCCUCCCAGACGGGGGCGGUACGUUCUUGAUCCCCAGCUCCGAGGGCUUUUGGAGAUUUCAGUUUGUGUUUGUCGCCGACAAGCAGCAGCAGCAGCAGCGGAGGACAAACCGUAAAUGCUUUGUGGGGGCUCCGAGCGCCAAGCUACGUUCAGGAGCUUAAUCCGAGGUGAAGACGUGGAGGAGACGCCACGAUUAACAGACUUGGAGAUGUUACUUACACACACACCUUGUACACACACACCUCUCUCUCUCUCUCUCUCUCACACACACACACAUCCUCAUCCAUACGUUGGCGAAGCCAGGCCACAAAACAGCCGGACUCCAGUACAAGUAACGUGCAUCUUUAUGAAGGAAUUUUUGUCUUUUGUACAGAGAGCGACAACUUAACGACGAGAAGAAAACAGACGUUGAGUAUAUAAAAAAAAAAAAACACCCGUACUUGCUGUUUGAGUAUGCUAAAAGGGAUCUGUUCUUGCUUUUUUUGUGAAUCUGCAGUUGGGUAACAGUGGCCUUUCCUUCAAUGGCUUAAGCAUCUGACGACAAUGUAAUUACUAGACAGAGACAAGUGCACUGGAAGUUGUAAUCCCCCCCCUCCCCGAGUACAGGUAAUCUCCCCCAAUUCUUUUGGUCUCUUAACCGCCAUGUUUAGUGUAAUUUUAACACGUGAGAGAUGUUGCCGUGGUGGACGUUCGGCCAAUCCGACUUCCUGGUUUUAAUUUUGCAUCGAAUGUUUCGUAGAAAGCCAAAUGGCGACGGACGGUACGGCACGGCGCAGCUUCUGACAUUCAUUUGAAAAAAACCACGAGCGAGUCUGUUUGAGGUGAAUCAGACCAUUUGAUUGCAUUCCAUAAGAAAGGGAUUGAUUCCACGACGACAAGGGAAAAAGGCCGGUGACCAGUUCGCCAUGGUGACUUCCCCAAAACGGAUCCCCGCCUCAACUACAGAUUCAAACCUCUCCAACUAUUUAAACUGAAAACCACACAUAAGUUUUUUUUUUUCAUUUCUUUUGAUGAAUCUCUCUUCUUUUUUUUUUUUUUUUUUUGUCCAAUUAUUUACUGCUGUCGUGAAAUUGGUGGGUUUUGUUUCUUCAUCGUUAUUUUCCUGCUCAUUCGUAUGAUUAGUUUUGAAUCAGAGGUUGAAAUGUUGCUCAACCAGCAAGUUUUGUUUCAGUUAGGUACAGGGGUUCCGCUGCUCCGUGGUCACACGAUGAGGCACUUAAAUUAGGCCGUUCUUUCAUUGGGGAAACCCUGAGAUUUUGUACAUAAAUUAAACUAAUUUAACAUCCAGUUUUGGGAUAGCGGGGAGGAGGAAACCCCCCCCCCCCCCCCCGGUUUAAAAGCACUGCUCUCCAAGCUUUUGGUUGCAGCACCCCCUCCAAAUCUCCCUGUUUGUCCCCUGAAUCAGUCGUUUCUUCUUUUUUUUUUUUUUUUUUUGGUUUUGUUUUCCUUCCCUGCACAUGCUGUGUUUUUAUCAUGUCUGGUCCUCCUGUGUGUCUUCGUGUUAACAGGCCCUGGGUGAAUGGAUGAAAGCACUGUUUAUAGGAAUGCUGAGUAUCUUAGCUUGUACCUGUGCACGGGUGGCGUCACGCCAGGUAACAUCGCCGCUGACCGCACCGCGAGAGGGUUCUGGACCGCUGAUCCCGCUGACCGGCAUCCUGUUUAUCAGAAGAGUUGCUCAUCGGCUUCAAAUUGAUGAAAGUCAAACAGAAAUAGACUUUAUGAAGAAGAUUUGUUUUUUGCUAAACUGAAAAGACUUCAGGAAACUAGUUUAUCUUCACAUUUAGCAAAUAGACUUUAAAAGUCUCACGUCAUUUCCUUCAAAUCUCUGCGAAAAGAAAAAAGUGAUUUGAGUGUGUGUCUUGGUAAACAGGGUGCAGGCGAGCUCCGUUUCACCCUGCUGGAGCGUCACUCCCCGCCCAGAAAAGCAGAAAGUUUGAAAUCGAACCUCUACUGACUGAAACUCCUCUGAGCAACACCGAGAUCCACGAAGUCUGGCUGCAAUAACAGAAACGCUCCCCAGCCCACGGCAUCGACUCGUUUCCAGUUAGCGCUAACUGCAACACACCUCGAUUUUUAAUAGCAGACUCGGUGCGGCGUCCAAACGCCGCCGCCGACAGAUAUGCAUCUUUUGUCACUUCCUGUUUAACAAAAAAAUAAAAAAUAAAGUGUACAGGAAAAGCAGUUAUUUUCCUAAUCCGCCCCGACCGAUCCCUCCCUUUACUUUCUAUGCAAACUUUCUAACGUGGGAAACACAUUGACCUCUCUGCAAGCUGAGUCAGUGACGAGACGGGACACUUUAACAACCCCCCCACCCCCCCGUACCAAACUCCAAACACCUGUAAAUACCUAACACUAUAUUUAAGUACUGAUAAUAAUCCCAGUUUUUGUUUGUUUUUGUUUUGUUUUUUUUUUUGUCUUUGAGAUUUUAAAGAUAGAGUUGUAUUUAUCGUUGCUGUCAGCAUAUACUGUAGCUUCAAAUGACAGCAUUUUGUACAUAAGUCACCUUUUAGUAUUAUUUCACAUUGAAAAGUAGAGGGCUUUUGAUGGAAAUGACUAUUGAGCUUCUAAUAGAGUUUCUCUCUAGUUUUGUACGGUAGAAGGGAGGAUAGUGCUAACACGGUACAGUAGUGGCAGUCCACUUGUUUCUAAAGUUUGAUAUAUAAAUACAUAUAUAUAUAUAUAUAAAUAUAAAUAUAUACAUACAUAUAAAGCUGCUAGAUACAAUCACUAAUUUUAUUGUGUUGACAGAGAAAAUCAGCUAUGAACGACUGUUAAAUCCUAAUUCUCCAACAGCAUAUUUACGAUGACGGUCAGUUUUUAAACGUUUGAUUGCUCUGCGUGAUGAAGUGUGUGCGUGCGUGCGUGCGUGUGUGUGUGUGCGUGCGUGUGCGGGGUUGGGGUGUAACCAAAUGUUUUGGUUGGUUGUCAUAAUCUCCCUUUGUAAUCGGAUUGCCCUGCAUUAUUUGCGAGCUGAACCAAGGUUUGACGAACCUGAUUUAAAAACUUGCUGGCUGAGAAGCAAAAAAAAAUGUAGGACGUGCAUUUAUACAAAGUGUAGAGAAUGCUGAAAAUAACACUUCUCAUUCUGCAUUAACCAGCACAGUGCAACUUCCUGUCAUGUACUGUAUUAUAUAUGCAACAUGUGUCUGUCCGCUUUAAUAUAUAUAUUUUUUUGACCUGCAUUAUAUAAGACUUCAGUUUUAACCACUUUGCUGCUAGUCUUUUAUCCUCUUUCAAUCUUGGAAAUUGUGCAUAUCUUUGGGAAUGCAUACAAGUGUACAUUCUUGACAUUGUGUAGAUUUAAAAAAAAAA